AUGUAUCUAUACGCUAUAAUAUCUUCACUUAUUUGCAUCCAACUAUUAUCAAUAGUAUCGAUUGAUGCAAACCCAUUGAAUCCAGCUCUUUAUUCAGGUGCAUUCAUUCAAAGACCAACAUUAUUGGAUAGUGCAGCAACUUCGAAUGAAGAUAAUCAAAACGAAAUAUAUAUCCAACAUCCUCGAUUAUCAUCAUUCUUAAGGUUUGGCCGACAAAUGCCGUCAGCAUCAGCAUCGUCGCUUCGCUUUGGCCGUGGUGGACAAAUAGGUGGACAAGUCGGUGGAACAUUUCUUCGUUUUGGUCGACAAACUCAAAAUCCACUUUCGAGCAAUUUUCUCCUCUCCGGAAACAAAGGCGAAUUUUUAAGAUUCGGUUGA